UUAGGCUUAAUAUAGCCUAACAUUAAAAACGAAAUGCAAUAUGUUGUUGUAAACCAUUAACAGCAAAACAUUUUACCAGACUUGACUUAAUGAAUUGUUUCCUAUGCUUGAAAAUUAUUUUAAUUAUAUAAAUUGUAAAGUUGUUUAAAAUAAAUAAAUAUACUACAAUAUUUGUAGUGGCUGUAUUUGUUUACAGUAAAUUUUGUGACUACUUUUCUGUGUGCAUCUCUUUGUGUAUAUGCUUCAAAAAAAAAAAAUGUAAGGAGAAAAUAAGUAAACGUUUCAUUAGCCUACCUGUCGAGUACUCAACAAAAAAUUUCACAUCAGAGUUGUUGUUGUACGCUUAUUGCAGAUGUAUACCACUGUAUACACAUUGUUGAAUUUUUUUUUAAAGAAAAGCGUUUUGUAUUUCCUGCUUGUGACUAUUUUACUCAUUAUCAAAACAGAAAAAUAAAAUUGCAUCAUUUAUAAGUUUCAAAUUCUCAAACUUUUCUAACAAAUUAAAUCCAUGUAUGUGUCAAAGUUCAUACAUCCCCUUGGGAUAUUUGCCUGAUUUUUGAUUAACUUUCAAACAGUCUAACAUUAGUUGGACAUUGAUUUUAGGUGUAGACCAUUUACAGUACAAAUUGUUAACCGAUUUUAGUUUUCUUAAAAAUAUUAUCAAAACGUUGCCGACCGCAACUUUAAUAUUAUAUGUAUGUUUUAAACCGUUUUCAACGCGUUCACGAAAGGUAAACCCAGUUCCAUACUUCAUGUCUCGAGUCUUUUAUUUUGUAAAAAAUAAUAUAUAACUCGACUUCCUGUUUGUGUUUGUUAGACUGCUGCUAGGUUCACAUCGCAGCUGAAAGCGAAUUUACACCGACAGUUGCUGCUGCUUCGCAUCUUCACACUGAUAAUAAUUACAUGUAUGAGUUUAAAUGAAUAUACGAAGAUAUAAACAGACCGAUUUCUGUUCCCCGUUUCUUCCUGAAGACGUUUUUAUAGCACUGUUAUGUCGGUAUCUUCAUACACAGUGGUGAGAGAUGCUAACAGCUGAUUGCUAGCUAGAGCUGUUGACAAAUAACCUGAAACAUCAUCAUCUUCACACAUGCUGUCCGUCAUUGAAUAGGUCCAUCGGUUUUUUUGGCCAUGAUAUUUUUCAACAACUGCUGUUAAGAUCUGCAUAGAUCCUGCUGAUUGUGUUAAUGUCCUAUAGAAGAAAAGCAUAAGCGAGGUUAUAAUCUUCCCUGGGUUGAUUUCUCACUGCCCUGGACAUGAUGGGCCCAAGGCGAAAAGUCACCAGGACUCAGAGUCUGGGUGGAGGAUCGCACAGCUUGCUCGGACAUGAAGAACCCAAAGAUUAUAUAAAUGAGCUGUCACAUGAAGUGCUUUGCCAUAUAUUUAGAUACUUGCCCAUGCAGGACAUAAUGUGUAUGGAGUGUCUGUCACGGAAAUUAAGAGAGGCUGUGACUCUGUAUUUGCGGGUGGUGAAGGUAGUGGAUCUUUGUGCAACCCGGUGGUGGGAGUACAUGCCUUCAGGUUUCACAGACUCCAGUUUCCUCAUGCUAAUGAAGAAGAUGCCAGAUUUGGAGCAGCUAUAUGGUCUUCAUCCACGUUACCUAGAGAGAAGGAGGGUCAGAGGUUAUGAGGCUUUCAGUAUUCCUGGUGUUUUGGAGGCCCUACAGGCCUGCCCAAACCUUAUUGGUGUGGAGACAUCUCAUCUUGAGCUUGUGGAGGCGAUAUGGAACUACAUGCCUCAGGUGCACAUACUGGGCAAGUUCAGGAACCGAAACGGGGCCUUUCCUAUUCCAUCUGAGAACAAACUCACCAUACCAGCUGCAGCCAAAAUACAAACACUCCAUCUUGUCGGUGUGAACGUACCAGAGAUCCCAUGUCUGUCCAUGCUCAGGCAUCUAUACCUGAAAUGGGUUCGCCUUACAAAGCCUCAGCCCUUCAAAGACUUUCUUUGCGUGAACUUGCGUACAUUUGUUAUGAGGAACUGUGCCGGCCCCACAAAUUCACUGAAGUAUGUGCCUCUUGUCACCGGCUUGGCCUCCGCUCGCAACCUGGAACAGCUUGAACUGGUGAGGGUGCCCUUCUUAGGGGGACUAAUUCAGCAUGUGGUGGAGGAUAGCUGGAGGUCAGGGGGGUUUCGUAAUUUGCACACUAUUGUAUUUGGUGCCUGUAAGAAUGCACUUGAAGUGGACCUGGGCUACCUCAUCAUUACUGCUGCUCGCAGGUUGCAUGAAGUCCGAAUCCAGCCUUCUUUAACCAAAGAUGGAGUGUUCUCUGCACUGAAAAUGGCUGAACUGGAGUUCCCCCAGUUUGAGACUUUGCACCUCGGAUAUGUGGAUGAAUUUUUAUUGCAAUGUAAAUUAAGCCAUGCUGAGUUAGUGAAAUACGGUCUUGCUGAUGUGAUCGAGAAUCCAGGAAUCAUCACGGACAUUGGAAUGAAGGCUGUUAAUGAAGUGUUUAGCUCCAUCAAGUAUCUGGUCAUUUAUAACUGUCCUCAUCUUCACAACCCAAACAACUGGAUCACGGAUCACUCACGCUGGAGUCGACUGGUGGAUCUCACUCUGGUGCGUUGUCAUGCAAUAAAGCUGGAGUCUUUCAGUCAGUUCAUUGAAAUGCUUCCCAGCCUAGAGUUCAUCUCUCUAGACCAGAUGUUUCGUGAGCCUCCCAAGGGCUGUGCACGUGUGGGACUCAGCGCUGGCACUGGUAUCGGUGUAUCAUCUGCCUUGGUCAGCAAUCAGAACUCCAACAACGAUAAUGACAACAAUAACAACAACAAUCACCAAAACAAUAAUGAUGCAAACAUUCCCCCAAACAACAACCGCGAAGACUUGCCUCAGCAACACCGUCGUGGCGCAGAAGAAAUUCCUGACGUGGAAGGCAUGGUAGCAGAAAACAUAGAGCCUGAGCCUGUUCUUGAGGCUGUCAUCCCUGAAGAAGAGAUUCAAGGUUCCAGCCAGACAACCAAUCCUUCACCUGACCAGGAUGAAGAACAAGCAGGUCCUAGCGGAGUUCAGACUGCUGUGAAGAAGCAGCCGGUGGUUGUGUCGGAUUCGGACAGCGAGGAUGAGUACAGUCCAGUCAGGACGCAGGGUGCAGGCCGCUCUCAAGGCCAGUACCCAGAGACCGAAGCCCAGGAGAAAAGCACCACAGCUGUGACCCCACAUGGUAAAGGAAAGACUCCUCUGCGCAGACGUGGACUGCAGCCUCAGGAGUCCAGUUGUGAGAAAGGCUGCCAGGUAACUAGCGAGCAGAUCAAAGCUGACAUGAAAGCAGCCACUGAGACAGCCGAGCGUGGGAACAAAGACAGAACCAGCGGGGCUGGACCCACCUCAGGCUACGCUACCGGCGGAUGCGUCUGCUCCAUCCGUUGGAGGGAAGACUCUGCCAAUCAGGAGAACCGAGGUGGGGUGGGCAGGGGAGAAGAUGGGAUGGUCAGGACACGCUGCACAUGCAGCAGGUCUCGUUCCUCCGCUGAAAUCGGGACUCGAGGUGGCCACUCCGCAGAGCUGGAGAGCCAAGACCCUGAGCAGAGAGCAGGGGAAGAGGAAAUGGAGGACAGACAGUCUAGCACUCCGCCCCGUAAUCAGAGCUCAUCCGAGGAGCAUACUAAGAAGACUGCAGGCCAGCCGCAUGACGAUAGACCCCCAGAUUCAUCACACAGAAGCCCAACCCAUGAGUUCCCCAGGAGACCAGUCACUCGUGCCUGCAGCAGACUUUCAGUUGAGCCUCUGGUGUGUGAGUCAGAGCUGCCCAAAUCAAAACCACGGGCUCCAGUGAAGAGGAAACGAAUGGUAGACAAAUCCACCAGCACCAGUGACCCUGUGACUGAAGAUGACCACGUGCAGGUGCUCAACCUUAAAUCUAAAAACCUGGUGGGUAUCACGCUUACAAAUUGUGGUAUCACGGACCUGGUUCUUAAAGAGUGUCCGAAAAUGAUGUUUGUCCAUGCUACACGCUGCAGGGUGCUGAAACAUCUAGUAGUGGAAAGUGCGCCUAUCGUGAACCGUUUUGACUAUGCGCAGUGUAAGAAGCUAGACAUGGAGCAGGUGCUGGAUCAAAUCUUACGAAUGCCCCCGGAGAGAAACCGUAUCAUCUACAUGAGGCCUAUGCAGCAGGUUGACUCUCUGGCUUUGGAGAAGACGCUUUUUAGUGGUCCAUACCCGUAUCAUAUUGCCAUCAUCCAUGAGUUCAGCAAUCCCCCCAAUAUCAGGAACAAGGUGCGUGUGCGUAGCUGGAUGGACACCAUUGCCAACAUUAGCCAAGAACUCAUCAAAUAUGAAUUCUUUCCGGAGGCCACACGGACGGAAGAGGAUGUAAAGAAGUAUCCCAGCUAUCCCUGGGGCCGAGACAUCUACACAUUAGAGGGGGUAGUAGAUGGGGCGCCGUACUCAAUGAUCACCGAUUUCCCGUGGCUUCGCACUUUACGCACAGCAGAACCCAAUAGUUUUGCUCGAUAUGACUUUGAGGAUGAUGAAAGCACUACAAUUUACGCGCCACGUCGCAAGGGACAGCUUUCGGCCGACAUCUGCAUGGAGACUAUCGGCGAGGAGAUCACAGAGCGCCGGCAAACAGGCAAAGGCGUUUUUCAGCGCGUGGUGGUCGUCUUCAUCCACUACUGUGACGUUCGUGGAGAACCGGUGGAUGAUGACUACAUUUAGAAGUGUCAAUGUUCAGCCGAAGAGCCUGAAGGUGUGGAGGGCGCCACAUAAGCACUUUGUCAGGCUCUGAGCGCUGACCAACGCCGCUGUCUCCUGUGCAAGUACACAGAUACAACCUCAGAGAUGAAGGCAACAGGAAAUGCCUUGUUAUUCCACACUGAGUAAAUAAAACUGAAAGCGAUCGCUUUAAAAUCUGCAAUUGUCAGCCAUUGCUUGUUUGUGUGGAGAUGUUGGUCAUGGAUCAAUGCAAAGAAAUGCAGCCUGCUGUUUACCUGCAGUACACUUCAAGUAAUGAGAGGCUGAACGGGACUGAAGCAUUUUAUUUGGUGCAACAGUUGUGCACGUGGGAAAGAUAUGCUGAGCCACAACAGGUGGCUUGUGAAAUCACUUGUUUGGGUGGACACAGAAGAGAGUCCAUGGUUGAUUUUUUUAUGUGUUUGUGUUGUUAAGACACUUGGCAUAAUUUCUGGGAUCUAUGCUCUACUAGGAAUAUUGUUUUGAAGUUUUGUUUUAGAUCUUUGUUUUGCACAUCAAACCUCUUAUUCUUUUGGGAGAUCAUAUCAUUCUUAGCCUCAUUUUAAAUUAUUUCAGAUUUUAUUCUUGUUUUUUCUCACCUUCCUUGCAGAGGUUGACAUUGGUUUUCGACUUUAUGUUGAAUUUUGUGUGUGUGUCACUGUUAAUGGUGCUGCGAGUUAGUUUAGCUCAGAAACUUGUGUUUCUUGGGAAAAUUGGUGAUCGAAAAUAUACCUCAGUUUUUCCCUACAGUCUUCAAAUAGCUUAAAAUGAAAGUGGAUCAAACAGAAUUGUGUGAGAAGAGUUAACAGUGAGAAUUUUAUGCACGUUUUUUACCUUUAGUUGACCAUUUUUAUGGAUUUACAGUUUUAAAUCAAUAGCACAGUGGAUAAAGUUGCCAAGCAGAUCCCUUAUUCAUCCUCCGAUGACUUAAAAUGCACUGUUCUCACGUACAGUCUCAGAAUAGGGUGACGUAUGUUUAUCCCCCGCCAAUAAGAUACAGCAUUAAACCUGCAUUAAAAGUGAACUCAUUACGUGUUUAUGGAUUGUUUGUUUCCUUGCAUAGUCCUUCACAUUGUUGCUUUACAGUCGUGUGCACAAAAAAGAAGGGAAAUUUAAGGAAAGGCAUGGUGUGUCUCACCUACCUGUUGAUGCAAAACAGAUAUAACGAAAAUGUUUGAUGUGUGGUAAGACAAAAUGGUGUAUUAGGAGUGGGCUGAGAUUCUUGGCGCUAUUAAUGCACGUAAACUCCUUCUCGCUGCUCUAGUUUGUACUUUUUUCCUGGGUGGCCUAUUCUGCCACGUUCAAUAGAAAGAAACUACACGGAUUGUAUUUACACCCAUGCUAAGCGCUGCAGAAACUUGUACAAAGCCAAUUGUACAGAUAUUCUGUAUUUAAAUAAUCUUGUUUUAUAUGUUUAUAUAAAAUGAAUAAAUAUUUCACUAAAUAUAAUUGUAAGUGUUA